AAAUAAAUAGGCUAAAUAAUUUUUUUUUAAUAAAUGAAAGUUUGUAAGCCUUCUUUGUGAACUUUACAAUGAGUGGCUUGUAGACUAGUUAUUGAUGGAUCAUAGAUGUUAGAUUUAUAAAAUUAAAUUAGAAUAUGAAUAAAUGUAGGCUAAUAUUAUAUUUGUAUGUGCCUAGGCUAGGACCUGGGCCUAGUGACUCGUGAGUGAAUGAACAGUAAAAGUUAAGUUAAACAAUAGUUAAACAUACUCAGUUUAUAUUAUUGAGUCAUGUGCACUGAGCUGUCUUUUUAGGAAUCUAGAGAGAUCAUUUUUGGCAUAUUAGUUAAAUGAAAUGCAAAGAUCUGAUUUAAUGAGAGUUAAAUUGAAAGGAAUUUAUAAUCACAAAAAGGAUAGUUUUAUACACAUUUUGUGGUUAACUUAUUGAAUAGGAAUCAGUUACGAUUCACCAAAACAUUUAGAAUGGCAAGCCAGAAAAUAAAAACUAUCCUUAUUGACCUAAGUGGAACACUACAUAUUGAUGAUGAUCAGACACCUGGUGCAGUUGAUGCAUUAAAAAGAUUACAAGCCAAUAAAAACCUGCACAUAAAAUUUGUGACCAACACAACAAAGGAGAGUAAAAACUUUCUGUUAAAUAGACUGAACAAAAUUGGUUUUAGUGUGACAGGAGACCAGGUGUAUACCUCACUGUCUGCAGCUAGAAAACUAAUUGAUGACAAGAAGCUUCGUCCAUUUUUUAUGAUUGACAAAAAUGCUUUGGAAGACUUUGAAGGUGUGCCAACACAUGAUCCUAAUGCUGUGUUGAUUGGCUUGGCUCCUGAAGAAUUUAAUUAUGAGAACAUGAACAAAGCUAUGAGGCUGCUUCAAAAUGGAGCUUCAUUGAUAGCUAUUCAUAAAGCUAGAUAUUAUAAAAGAAACGAUGGCUUAGCUUUAGGGCCAGGCCCAUUUGUUGCUGCUCUAGAGUAUGCAACAGACGUUACAGCAGAGGUUGUAGGCAAACCAGAAGCAAAUUUUUUCCUCUCGUCUAUAGCAGAGUUGGACUGUGAACCUGCUCAGUGUGUCAUGGUUGGUGAUGAUGUGAGAGAUGAUAUACAAGGUGCUCAGACUGUUGGAAUGGUUGGCAUUUUAGUUAAGACAGGUAAAUACAGAGCAGGAGAUGAAUCAAAGAUAAACCCAGCUCCUUACAGAGUUGCUGACAAUUUUAGCCAAGCUGUUGAUUAUAUAGAAGAAUUACUACAGUCCUGAGACUGCGUCUUCAUUCAUGUACUUGUUAUUUAAAUUGAAAGCCAGUUUGUGUAUAUCCUAGUUUGAAUAAAAAGUUUAAUUUUUAUAUGAGGAAAAUCUGGACACAAUACAUUUUUGAUAUUGCUACAAUGUUAUGCCAAUUAAAAAUUGCUUUACAUUAAUCUGACUGCUGUUUUUUA